UGGUAGUUUUCGGUAAAAUAUGAGAGUGUUCAGUCAAUUGAAUCCGUUCAAUAUUUUAUAGAUAUAGUUUCAUGCAUAGUUAUUAUGGACUGUGUUACCUUCUCCGAUGAGUCUAAUCAGCUUGUUCACUUGGACUAGUCGAGUCUUGUGGAUUUUAAUCUAAAAGCAAACGAUUGACGAGGUGGCGCUGAAUAGCACCGACACAUAUCGCAUCUCUCACGUUUCGACUGAGGAUGGAACAAUCUGUUACCCUACCUUUGCACUAAAUUCAAUAUUCAGAUUUUAACAAACGAGCAUCUUUAUACAUAUUAAGUAUUGAAAUAGGAGGGAAAAGAACAUUAGCUGUAGGAAACGUGCAUCAUUUUAGUUUCAAGUUGGGAAUGAGCACAGACAAGUUAUCAUCUCAAAGUUCUCAUCCAACCUCUCCUAUAACAACAUCUACUUCAUUUUCCUGUAUGUCACCAGCUGAAAUGCAGGCUCCACCAUCAAUUCAGGUUACCACAACUAUGCCAAUGACAUCAGGACCUGUUUCCCUUUCAACACCAAUGCCACAUCCAAUUGCACCUGCUACACCAGCACCUCAAGAAGGAAUGGUUACACCAGCACCAUGUCCUACUCCAAUUCCUUCAGCUCCUACUCCAUCCACAGUGCAUCCUCAGAAUCCUACUAACCCUCAGAAUAUAGGACAGACUGCAGUUGCAAAUGUAGCACCUUCUUUAUUCCCACAGGUUCAAGUAAUCCACAAUCCAAGUUGUUUGCAACAGCUUUACCCUCAGCAACAUAUGCUUCUACCUGGAAAUCUCACCUUCCAACAAGCUAGCAUGGGUCCAACAUUGCAGAACAUUGGAUCUGCACCAACUCUUAGCUUCCAGCUACAAAACAAAGGACCAAUGGACCAAAAAGGAGUGGCUGUCACAGGUCCAACUCUCAUUCCAGCAACACCAAUACAGUCAGUUAACACAGUUGGGAAGGGAAGUGGGAUUAGUACGGCCAACCUUGUGUCUGGAGGAGGGCAAGUUAUCGCAACAGGUGGGAAAAGUUGUGUUGUAGGCCAGGUGAUCUCAGCAAAGUCUACUGCUGUUAUCCAGGGUCAGUCAGGUUUUGCCCCUUCCACCACAAGCCAACAGGCAGUGGUCAUUGGUCAGUUAGGAGUGAUUUCCAGCCAGCCAUCCAUUCUUCCUAUACAGAAUAAAACCAUCGGUGAUAGCUCAAGAGGAAAGCAACCUUUUAUAAUGAGCCAGGGAGCUGCACUUCAGCCCAAAUCACCUAUUUAUCCUUCACCUAUAUCAUCAGUUGUGUCUUCACCCCAGGCUUUUACUAGCACUCAACUUAAGCAGUUCACAUCCUCACCUCAAAUCAUAUCAUCACAGACUCCAACAGCUAUGAUAGCUAGUCAUUCCCAGAUCCUUGGAUCUAUUCAAGCUCUUGGUGCUCCUUUGGGUCAGCCAAUAACAUGGGCUACCCCAGGAGGUCUUCAAUCUCCUGCAGUUUUAACACAAAAUCCUAUUUUCAUACGGAGUCAGCAUUCUGAUAUGUUUAUUCAAUCCCCUUCUCCAGCACCAGCAGCUUUGCAGGCUGUACCAAUGGCAGCUACAGCUGCUGUAUCUGUUUCUGCCACUGGUAUCCAAGUCCAGAAGCAGAAGCAGGUACGCCCUGCUAGUUCUGUGGCUACUCAAACGGUCAUUUCUACAUCUGUAUCUACUCAUUCUCAGGCUAAUACUCCCAUUCGUUCCCAGGUUAAGCAAAGGACUCGUGCUCCAGCUACUCGACAGACUCCAACCCCAGCUCCAGGGACACAAGUACAGCAAGCUUCUCAGACAACUAGUAGCCAAACUCAGACUCACCCUCCUCAGAGUACAAAGGCUGAUGCAGCUAAUCAGACAAAACCUUCUAAUGAGGGACGUCCUUCUAGCACACAGAACAAGUCCACUGCCACUGAAACCAAACAGCAGUCCUCUCAAGUGAAACCCAACCACAUUCCUGUUAUACCCAUCACCACAACUCCUCUGACAGCUACCACUUCUACAAACACUAAUGCUACAAACAUUAAUCUAUCUAUUAUGUUGAGUAAAAAGGAAAAAAGAGAAGAGGUUAAGAAGGAAAAUGAAGUUUCUACACAGACACUGAACAGAAUCCCUGCUGUAACUAUACUGCCUGAGAAAAAAGAUGCUGCAUCAGGAAAUGAUGCUCAAAUCACUCCCUUAUUGCAGGAGCAAGCUAAAGAGAAGCAGCCACAAAAAGCUAUAGUCAAGCCACAUGUUUUGACACACGUGAUUGAAGGCUAUGUUAUUCAAGAAGCUCCUGAUCCUUUCCCUGUGAGUAGAUCUUCAAUACUCACAGCUACCUCUUCAUCUAAACCAGUAUUAUCAGAAAAACCAAUGGAGACUGAAGUAACUCCAUCAGUUAAAGGAUUAAUUUCAUCAGAGAAAAAAGAAGAAACUCAUAAAUCUAAAGGGCAUGUAGAAAUUACAAAGUGUGAAUUCUGUGGGAAGCUUGGAGCAAAGUCCAAGUUUAAGAGGUCAAAGCGUUUCUGUUCUACAUCUUGUGCUAAACGCUACAAUGCCAACUGUUCUAAACGUUUAAGCCUUAUUUUACCCACCGGUCAGCAGAAGUCUAUUCAAAUUACAGGUGGAAAGGUUGGUAAGAAGAAGAAGAAAGGCCGCAAGUCAUGGAAAAAAUGGGGAAAGCAAAAUGAACGAACAUCUUACAAAGAGAUUAGUAGCUGGAAACAGGAAAGAAAUGACACUGUCAUGGAUUUUGCAACAGAAAGUGAAGGACUGAAAAAGCAUGUUGGUGAAGUGGAGGAAACAGAAGGGGAAACAACAGACACACCGUCAGGUCCAGAAAGCUCUGUGUCACCAAAUACACCUUCUAGCCAUCGUGAGGAGAUGGAAGUAGAAACUUCAGAGGUCCCUUUCUCAAAUAAAAAUCCAUUAAAGUGGACGGUUCAAGAAGUGUACGAGUUUAUCCGUGGGCUUCCUGGUUGCUCAGACUAUGCAGACGAGUUUCGAUCUCAAGAGAUUGAUGGUCAGGCUCUGCUGCUGCUAAAAGAAGACCAUUUAAUGUCUGCUAUGUGCAUGAAGCUUGGUCCAGCCUUGAAGAUCUGUGCUCGCAUCAGCACUUUAAAAGAAGAAACACCAGGAGUGCUCCUUGCCAUGUGAGACACUGCUGAAAGCUAUCAUCUGGUAUUAUCACUAUUACAACAGGUUAUGUGGUGAACACUAUUGGUUAUUAAAUUGCUUGUUGUGUUAGUUCUUUGUAUUCUUUAUUGUUGUGUAACUCUAGGUAUAUUUUAUCUAUUCAUUGUAAUGUAGUCUGUGUUCAUAUGUCAUCUGAAAAUUUUGUAUUGCAGCAUGUAGACUGUUGCAAAAUAAGUAAAAGGUUGAUGGUCUAAAGUCAUGGGAAAUCGAAUACCAAGAUUGAUGUAAAAUCAUGUAUACCAUGCAUUGUACAUUAAGAUAAGAGAUAUUGUUAAUUAUUGCAACUUGUUUUAUGUUAGUAAAUUUUGUUGCUUGUAUUUGAGUACUAUGAGCAUAAUGUCUUUAAUUUUAGAAACUUCAUUUAAUUACAAAACUGCAUCACUAGUCUCUGAAACUUUUCUGCACUGUAUCAAAAAUAUUAGCUUUUACAUUCAUUUACUUUUCUGUCUUUCAAGGUCAUUCCUAUGAAGAAAUAACAUUAAACAGUAAUGUCAUACUGAUAUAUCAAAUACAUAAGAUAUUCCAUAACAAUAGACUUUUUUUAUAUUUGCAUUAAUUUUUUACUUAGUAAUUAUAAGAACUUCUGAGUGAAAGCAAAGAAGAGUGUGUAAUAUAUUUCAACUGCCUAAUCAGUUGGAACCAGUAUUUCUUUCAAGUAUUUUAUUUAUAUUUUUCAUCAAGAAGAUAACUUACCUUUAUAUUUUGUAGACUUUUGUUACAUUUAAUUUUGCUGUCCCACCAGAUGGCUUGUUAAUCAAUUCCAUGAGCUCCAAUUUUUUCUCUCUCUUAUUUGAAGAUGAAGCUUAUAAACAUCCUCUUAUUUUGUGGUUUUAUUCCUAUAGACAUGAUUUUCAUCUUAUUGAUGGAAUGUUUACAUGCUCCUUAAUUGUAUCUUUUCCAUUUGAUUCUAAAUUGAAAUUUGUAACAAGUAAUUAAAUGAUCAUCCUUUGGUUUGUUGCAUGAAAAUUAUUUUGUCAGCAGCAAUACUUUUAAUCAGGGAGGCAGUGCCAUGAAAAUCAAUUUUUGUUUACUUCUAAAAUCGAAGUAAUUUAGAGAGAUACACCCUGGGUAAUAUUACAAAACUGUGCAAUCAGAGUGAUUUUCUAGGGGGUUCUAUUGUAAGGAUUAAAGUCUGAAAGCCCUGUGGCUUUUGUAUCCAUUUAAUGUAUUUAUUCUCCAAAAGUAAAUUAAAACAAGAAAGAUAUCUGAUUGAAAGCUUAAUUAGUUUUUAAUAAAAGGGUAACAUGGGGAUAGCAUUUAGGGUGUGCUGAUUUUAACUUGACCUCCAAUUAUUUUAUAGGUUGCAUGUGUAAUCAUUUGUGGUACUUUUCAUAAGCACCAUGGGAAUAUUUUUCAAAACAAGUAUCAGAAAUAUCACAAAAAA